AUGCUGGACCUGCACCGCCCUGACGCCUCGAGCGAUACCAAAACCUACUUCUCGCACAGCAUCCUGCCCGCGUACAUGGACCCGCUCAACACGUCGACCAAGAAGAAGCCCUUCUCCACAUUCGCCGCACAACCGCACAGCCACACGCUCGACCUCGUCCUGCCUGCUGAGCUGUGGGAUGUCGUGCGCGCGUACCCCGGGCCCAACGAAAGUGUGUACGCGCGCGCUUUCCUCAAGUUAUCCGACAUCCUCGACCAAGACUUUCUCGAUGCCUAUGUACGGCAGGGCAUGGUGAGUCUGCUGAGCGCCGGGCGCGAGAAAGUGGACACGCGGAUCGAGAUCGUGCGAGGGGUGCUGCGGAUCGAGAUGGAUCGGCCGACGUACGAGCGCGCGGGGCUGGUGGGCGUAGCCAUGGAAGACGGGGGUAAGAAACACGCGCGCGCACGGUGGAGGGUGGAGUACAAUCUCACGCUGCCGUCGGCGCGGAAGGGAAAGAAGGGAUUUGAGCGGUUGCGCUGGGCGGCGCGGAACGUGCUGAAUGAGAGCAAGAGUUGGCUGUUCUGUAGCGCGAAUCCAUCGUUUGGAGAGAGUGUGAGCGAUGGGAGAGAGGUGUUGAGCCAGCAUGCGCCCAAGAUUUUCAAGCUGGAACCAGAGGUUACGACAUUAAAGGGGACAGUCGUGCCCAAAUUCAAUGUUUGCGGGAAUGGUUUAUCCGGGUUGUACGACCAGGACGAUGCGCUUGCGCUGCUAGAAUGGCUGGACAUGCUCAGCUUGGGCUCAAGCAGGACCAACGAGAGCGACAGGGUAGACAGCCAUCUGUGCCGCUACGACGUCCCCGAGUUCGGUCACGGUACGGAAACGUGCGAGCUCGUGCGAGUGCGAUGGCAUGGCUUCAUCACGCCCGAGUUCGCGAAAGAUCUGUUUCUAGCGGUGUGGAAGAGCGGGUUUAAAGCCAAACACGAAACAAACAAAAGGAAGGGCAGCAUCGUCCAGCACGAUCAAGAUGGUGAUAGAGAUGAGAAUGACACUAUGGAGGGCACACAGGAUGAAAACAAGACAGAGAAGUGGUUCAAAAUGAGUGCGCAGGCAUUCGGAGGCAAGAAGGCGUGGUCGCUCAUGCAGUUCCCCAACCGAGAAACGCUGGUGUGGGAAAUCGAGGCUUGA